AUGACCAUAGCUUCUUCGUUCCCGGUUGCCUUCGGCACAGUAUACGAAGGUCUCCACCCUGGCUUCAACAUCCCCACCUCAAGUAUCUAUUGUAAUAGUAAUAGUAGCAGUAGUAGUAGUAGUAGUAGUAGUAGCAGUAGUAGUAGUAGUAGUAGUAGUAGCAGUAGUAGUAGUAGUAGUAGAAUCAAGUACGCAAUUCGAGACAAGCGUUGUACCCAGGCUAACGUCAAUGACACGGUCGCUAACUGUAACACUGAUGUUCAAGAGGUAGCCUGUGCUAUGGGUGACAAUGCCGAUUGUGUGGGCAGUACGUUCGCGUCCCUGAUCUCAUCCUGCACAAACUCAGGCACGUUACAUGCAGAUCACAGACGUAGGCAGCGUGCAUGUAACUUCGCCCAGGAGGUGUACCAUAUGGGAACGGCUGUUGCACUUGCGUUGAUGGAACUACAGGCCGUAGGUGUCAUACGGUAGAGGUGCCAGAACCUCCCUGUCGCGAAGGUGUCUAGUGCUUUACCCUCACCGCUUCCUCCGCUAACGAUGCC